AUGCAAGAAUUUAUUCUGCACACCUUCUCGCGGAUGAACGAGGAGGAGCUCGCCUCAUGGAACGCCUUGCCCAAAUUCGUGAUUUGGACCAUUUGGUUCGACCUUCUCUCGAGCCCCCUCUUCCGGAAGUGCCUGGAUGGGAAGUUCCGGGACUCCCUCUUCGGCCCCAACUUCGACCGGAAGGCGUCCAUUCGCUUGGCCAAGGAGGACCCUGUCCUGAGAGUGGCUAGGCUGAAGAUUUGGACUUGA